CGACAGCGGACCGGGUUCUGCGCCCUCUCCGCAGCCGCAACGCAAGCAAGCCCUCGGUGAUGCGGAAUGCUCGCGGGGCCAUGGGCGCGCUGGCCCGCGCGGUCCUCGCCUCGGGCGAGCGUCUCUCGGGCCCACGGUACGCGGCACUCGCCCGGAUCGCCGUCCACGACGACUCCGGCGGCGGAGCAAGGGGCGAGGUGGCGGCGGCGACAGCGGCGGCGGCCGCCGCGUCGCGGAAGGGCGCCUCCUCCUCCUCCCUCGACGCGGAGCUCUCCGAGCUCGUCCUCAACGACGGAGGCAUCGACGCGACCCUCCGCUGGCUUACAGCGGCGCGCGAGCCGUCGACUGCCGCGUUCGUGCCUCUGAUUGAGGCGGCGGUGAGCUGCGGCGACGACGACGCGCUGCUCGCGGCUGGCGGGCUGAUGCGGAAGCGCGGCGUCCGCCCCGACGCCGCGCUCUACACCGCCCUCAUCCUCGGGCGACUGCGGCUCGGGCAGACCGAGCGCGCGCUGUCUGCCUGCGACAAGUGCCUCUCGGACGGUGUGGUGCCGGAGAGCAGGGCACUGACUGCGCUCGUUCGCGCGCUCGCCGACGCGAGCGAGACCGAGGCCGCCAUCUCCCUCUGCCGCCGGCUCCGAAGGCGCGGCUUGCGGCUGCGCGGCGGCGGACCAGCCAUCUCUUCGCUCAUCGCCGCCGCCGCGCGCUGCUCGGCGGCGCCGUUCGAGGCGGUGGCGGUGAUGC